CUCCCCGGCCGGGGCCGAAAUCGACCUUGUGAGUCCCUCGCGGACGAACCAGGCCACAACAGAUAGUAGGUGGGUGGUGUCCCAAGGUGCAACUCACCGCCGCGCUGGCUCAGCGUGGCGGUGAGGAUGCACAGACGGUGGUAGUGGCGAGAGGUGUAUGUGGACCUUGUCCCCGCGGCAGCAAUGCAAAGCGGCAAACUGCACCUGGUAACCACCGUCGCGGAAAACGUGGCCCACGAAGCUGGAGGAGCAGAGAGAUUCGUAAAAACCACGCGAGUAAGCACCGUUCGCGGGAGAAGGGAGAUAACCGCGGGCGACGCGGGGGGGGAGUGCUGCACCCUCCUCGUCCAAACACCACAGGCAAGCACCGAGCCCUGCAAAGAUGGAUCGAUGCGAAGAAACUCGCCGCUCGGAUUAAACGGAAGAAA